CUUCUGGGCAUGCUCAGUCCUGUCUGACUGAACUUUGACCCUACAGCCUCAACCACAAUGAGCUCCUCUGGAUCAACUCUUAAGGUCCAUGCAGUUCGGUUUGGACCAGGUCAGGAGCUGCUGGGCUCUCUGCAGGCCUUUGUGGAGCAGCUGCACCUGGAGGCACCCUUUGUCAUCACCUGCGUGGGAAGCGUCACAAAGGCGACUCUUCGUCUGGCAAACGCGUCGACAACAAACACAAACGAGGUGCUUCAUCUGAGUGGGCGGUAUGAGAUUGUCUCCCUGGUUGGAACCCUCAACCCAGACGCCCACCUCCACAUCAGCCUGUCAGACUCAAUGGGCCAGACCAUCGGGGGUCAUGUCCUAGGGGACCUGGAGGUGUUCACCACAGCAGAGGUUGUCAUUGGAGAGGCGGUCAACCUGCGCUUCAGCAGAGAGAUGGAUGAGAGGACUGGAUUCCCAGAACUAGUGGUCCAGUCUGAUUCAGAAAGCAACAGAACCUGAAGUUCAGUUAGUUGGUUGUUAGUUAAACUGUCAGUUAGUUUGAGUCUCAAUCAUAGCUCAAUAAAAAUGAUCGUCAACAGGUUAAUUAAAAAUGAAAACUAAAAUUUGAGAGACUGGGGAUAAAAUGUCAGGUUUGGGGUUUGGUGGUUUACUUUAAUGAUGAAGAGAGAACAGGGUUAGGGUUGAGGUUGAAACUGACACUAGACAGGGUAUCCGCGGGUCCUUAAAAAGUCUUAAAAUGUCUUAAAUUAGCUUUUCCAAAGUUAAGGCCUUAAAAAUCCUUAAAAACUACAAAUAAUCCUUAAAUACAGUUUCCAUAGGUCUUAAAUUUUCAAAGACCAAAUAAACAAGAUUCUUUUAUUUCUUUAA